UGAGUGGUUACCGUGUGCGCGUGAGGUGGUGAAUCACAGUUGUAGUAGUGGAGGUGGUGGUGGUGGUUGUAGCGGCGCGCGCGGAGACGCUGGAGUUUAUAAAGAUGAUGUGGUCGGUGGUCUCGUACCUGAGCAGCUCGGAACUGGUGGCCAGUUUCCAGCGUGCUUGCGGGUUGUUUCCGGCCCCACGCGCCUCUCACGAGCGGCUCUGGCCCCGCAGCACGAAGAUCCACGGCCGCGCGAAUGGAACGUCAGCGCCUUGUCCAGACGGCGAGCACGCGGCGAACGGACACACAAGCGACGUCUCGAGUUCUGGUUACGAGGUGAGGAACUGGCCGCUGUACUUCCUGUUUGUGGGAUCUACCACUCUGGGAAAUGAAGUGUUCUACAUCACCUUUCUGCCCUUCAUCCACUGGAACCUGGAUCCGUUCUUGUGCCGCCGCCUCGUCAACAUGUGGGCUGUGGUGAUGUAUAUAGGACAGGUGAUGAAGGAAAUGCUGAUGAUCCCUCGUCCUUCGUCGCCCCCUGUGGUAAAAUUGGAGCAGCGUAUUGAGUUUGGGAUGCCUUCAACUCACGCCAUGGCUGCCACAGCCAUUGCUUUCACAUUGUUGCUGAGUGCACCAGAGAGAGUGAAGUUUCAGUUUGAGUUUGGUUUGGUUGCAGCUGUGGUACUUUCGUCCCUCGUGAGUCUCAGUCGUCUCUACACUGGCAUGCACUCAGCCCUGGAUGUGAUCUGUGGGACUCUCAUAUCUGCCUUCGUUCUGGGCGUGUCCUACCCUCACUGGGACAGUUUAGACUUCUUCCAGCUCAACAGCCCUCUGUCUCCUCCCAUCACACUGUUUCUGCCCCUGAUCCUGUGCUACAAAUACCCCGAGCUAGACCACUACAGUGCUACGAGGGCGGACACAACUAUAAUCCUGGGAUGCUCUGCUGGCUGUUCCAUCGGUUACUGGCUCAACCAGCGGCUCGGUGUGACCUUUGAACCCUCUGGGCCCUUCCCAGUGACCCUGCCUCCCAUCACCCCAGCGAUAUUUACCCUUGGAGCUGCCCGGUUUUUUGUGGGGCUUUUGAUUUUGGUGCUGACGCGACAGGUGACAAAGUGGAUCGCACUGAGGCUGCUGUGCUUGUACUACAGUGUAGGAGUUAAUGACGUCAGCGCUCACAGGAGGAAGGAAAUCGAAGUGCCGCUGAAGUUCAGCACGUAUUUGGCGAUCGGGUUGGUCAACAGCGUGGUGGUGUGUCGGGUUUUCACCCUAGUGGGGUUGCUGUGAUGCUGUGUGCUAAUGCUAACAGUAUCACAACAUGGUAGCAGUAAAAGAUUAUAAGACUAAUCGAGAAAAGAAGCACGAAUUAGCAGUACACAAGAUGCUAAAUAAAUCAACACGACCUGACAGAGGGACACAGGGACAAAUCCUCCGAGUAUCUUACAGACCUAAACCUCAAGGUUAGAACUGACGCAGCACUGUGCAUUCUGGGUAAGUUCCCAAUUUUCAACAGCCGAGUUAGAACACUGCCGAGUCUUGAAUUCUAGCAUCUCGAUCAGACGUAGGCUGUGUUCCAAAUACAGCACAUUAUUAACGGUAAUACAGCGCCACGGAUCCGUGUGUCACAUGACCACCAGCACAGAUGCCUCGCCCUCGUCAGUCUGCUGUGUGACGUGUCCCAAAUCACAUGCACUCUUCACUACGUUUAUGCUUUAGUGAAUGUGUUUAAUUGUAUAAUUAAGUCUCAGUUUCAUUCAAUCACAAUUUUAUUUAUUUCAUCCUGAAGAUAAGAAUACUUUUAUUUUAUUUUAUACUCUGAGGUUUGCUCAGUAAAAGCAUCUGUUUAUGACUCUGGUAGCGAGCUGCUAACACGAAUG